AAAUUACUGGCGAUACCAUUGUACUAGUUUUGCGUGGUAGCCAUUUUAAUUUUUGGCGUCGAAAAAACUACGGCGAGCGGUUUUCGCAUGUCCUGUAGUUUUGUUUAAUUGCAUUUAAAGCAAGUCAGUUUUGCUCGUGGAGGCAGUAGUAGCUCAGCUCGUGUGUGAUUCUCGGACGAUACGAAACGUGUGGUUAAAACAGUUCUGCACCGAUUCUCUAAUUAACUCAAGUACAGUACAAUGUCGAUGUCUGCCACGUGCUACAAGUGCAACCGGCCGGGCCACUUCGCCCGGGAUUGCAGUCUCGGCGGAGGACCAGGAGGUGGCGGACCAGGUGGUGGCGGUGGCAUGCGUGAUGGCGGUGGCGGCGGCAUGCGUCGUAAUCGUGAAAAGUGCUACAAAUGCAAUCAAUUUGGGCACUUUGCACGCGCGUGCCCCGAAGAGGCGGAGCGCUGCUAUCGGUGCAACGGCGUAGGCCACAUCUCCAAGGACUGCACUCAAGCCGACAAUCCGACGUGCUACAGGUGCAACAAGCCCGGACAUUGGGUGCGCAACUGCCCCGAUGCGGUGAAUGAGCGCGGCAAUGGGCCAGCAAACGUCUCAUGCUAUAAGUGCAACCGCACCGGACACAUCUCCAAGAACUGCCCGGAGACGUCAAAGACUUGCUACGGCUGCGGCAAGAGUGGACAUCUGAGACGCGAAUGCGAUGAGAAGGGUGGACGGAACUAGAGGAGAGCAGUGUGAGCGGUCUCAGAGAAAUCAACGAAAAUGUUUUGUCAAAUAAAAAAAAUGAAAAGAAAAAUAUUUAAUGAAAAAAUCAAUUGCCAGCCAACAACAACAAAACAGCAAAACGCAAAACAGAAGAAGAAGCGACCAAUCAGUAGAACCGAGUCAAGAUCAACAGACAUAAAAUCAACCCCAGACACAUACACACACCCACACAGAAUCACAUCCAUACCCACACACACACGCACACAUCUAGCCGUCAUCUAAGCAGCACAUCUCUAAUUCCAAAGCUCUGAGCCUGCAGUCGUAAAAGAACAGUACAGUGUAUACACAAGCAACAACUAGGAGAAAGCACGAUGGACGAAAGAGGAGAAAACAACGAUGGCGCUAAUGGCGCUGAAAGGCAGCAAUAGAUGAAGAAGAAACAGACGUCGUUGUAUUUUAGUAGCUACUACCACAAUAUCAACAACAAAAACUAUAUUAUUAUUAUUAUGCUGCAAACGUGUUUGAAUUUACUAAAUACAAUUAUAACGAAUGGAAAGAAA